AUGUACUACGUUUGCAAAGGCUGCUCAGAUUGCGUUGAGGGCGGCUGCACUGCAUGUUCGAAAUGCUGUAAAAGCGUGGAGACUGCAUGUGACUCUGUUUGUCAGGGACUUGGCACCUGCCUUGGCAGUGUUUGCGUGCCCUGCGCGGUGAUAUGGUCAAGACCACUGGGUAUGUAUGUUGUACUCUGUUGGGCCUUCAACCUGCCGGCUUUGAUCGCCUCGGUCUACUCCCUGGUCCAGGCGGAAGAUUGUGUGCGGAAUCUGAAGGCUCUGCUGCUUGGGAAUGCAAUCUUCAGCUUCGUGCAUGCUGGAUUUGCACUGUACCUUCAGACGAGGUUGUUCCAUGGCUUGCAGAAGGCUGCGGAAGGCCUCGCACAGCCACCAACUGCCAAGGAACAAAUGAAGCGAGCUUGGGAUAUUAUCCUGUAUGAUUUUGGUUUUUUGUUCUACCUCUUCGUCUUUUUCGGAUCAUUUGGCUUCAACUGCUACGCUUCUGGCUGGGCUUUUUCGUGUGGGGCCGACUUCCUGGCCUUUCUGCCCAGCCUUUUGCUGAUCCUCUUCUUCCUAGCAGCCAUGCAAUUCGCAGUGCUCUGGUUCUUCGUGCUCUCCUGCACAGAUUGCUGCCAAUCAUCUCCCAUUGCACGAGUGGUGCUGGGUGUUAAGCCAAGCCACCCGAGUCAAACAGCACCACCUACGGUAGUUGGACAGCCCGUGGUUGGCAAGCCUGCCGGGCCUCCGCAGCAACAGAUGCCAGGGGCGUCCCCUGCACAGGCUAUGUACGUUCCAGCACAGCCUCAGCAGCCUCAGCAAGCCUACACGCCGACAGCCCCUCCAGCGGCCUCAAGCAAUUCACCCGCCGGGCAGGAAAAGCCAAGUGCGGGACAACAGGCAGCUCAAACAGCUGCUGCUGGGGCAGCGGUAGCCUUCGACAUGGGAAAAGCGGGGCUCAAGAAAGUGGGAGGAUGGCUACAGAAGAAGUAUUUUGAUCAGGAGUUGGUCACUGGAACGACAUCCAGUGACUGCCAGGGCCAAGUGGAAGAGCUUCUGUGCACAGCAGAUGUGGCCACGGAAGACCGGGCAAUCUUCGAUGCAGAACAGAUGAUGCUGAAAACCUUGGAGGGAUCAAAGGACUCCACAGCUUGUGCCGACUGUGAUGGGGUUGCAGGACCAGACAAUGCAGGCGUUGCACAAAAGAUCAGGAUUGAGUCUGACAGGAAUGGAGCAGUCCUGAAGGGUUUUGUCAGCGACAAUGGUGACAAUGUGUUGCUUUCCUGGGCUCAGGAUUUUUGUGCCUUGGGUGAACACGUGAAAGGUCAGCUUUGUUAUUAUGAGGGUCACCUUGCAAAACCCGGGGAAUCCUUCCCUCAGCAGCUUCAGCAGAAGUUGGAAACAGAUUUCACGAGGCGCGGCCAGGCACUGGUAGAACGAGGUGUCCUCAAGGAGAACACAGAGAUCGCCAAAGGAAGCCCUUCUGCUGUGCAGGCUUUGUUCCAGAUGUUGCAAGAGCUUAUGCGGCUACACGAGUCAUGCAUGGAAGAAGGGCAGGACUUGCGCUGGAAGAUCAAGGUUGAAAUCAACCAAAACUGCGCAUGCACCAAGUACCAUGAUGAUUCAGUGAAGGUUCGCUUUGCCAUGACUCUUGCUGGUGAUGGGACCGUGCUUGCAGACAACGCACAGGUGGAUUGGAACUAUUAUGAGGCCUGUGAAGGCAUCAUCCCUGAGCUGGCAGAGAACCCAGAUGCCAAGGCUGAAGCAGCCCACAGGAUCAUAGAGACUUGGAAUGAGCGGGUUUGCAAAGGUUACACGGAAACUCAACCAGGUGAUGUUGUCAUCAUGAAGGGUGGCAAGCUUACCAAAUUUCCUUGCUUGCAUCGAGCGCCUUAUUCCGCCGGCGAAGGCCGGAACCCAGCAAGGUUUCUCAUUACCAUAGACCACAUUCCUGCAGAUGAGCUGCAGGAAUUUGUAGAUAUGGAUCUAGUGGAUGAUGAGGAUGAAGAAAUGAUUGAAGCAUCUGAAGCCAAACCAGCUGCAGAUGGGCUUUUGCCAGUCACCGUUCUGAGCGGUUUCCUGGGUGCCGGGAAAACCACACUCUUGUCUCAUGUGCUUCAGAACCAAGAAGGGCUUCGUGUGGCUGUGAUCGUCAAUGACAUGGCUGAGGUCAACAUCGAUGGGUUGCUGGUGAAGGAUUCUAAGGUGCUGGCUGGUGAGGACAAGAUGCUUGAGAUGCAGAAUGGCUGCAUUUGUUGCACCUUGCGUCAGGACCUCAUCGAAAACGUCACGCAGUUGGCCAAGGAGAAGCGGUUUGACUACCUUCUCAUUGAGAGCACGGGCAUCUCUGAGCCUAUGCCAGUCGCCACUACAUUUGUAGCCGAACAUGAGGGGAAGAAUUUGUUGGGCAGCGUUGCCCGUUUGGACACCCUUGUGACUGUGGUAGAUGCAGUGAAUUUCUUCAAAGACUACAACAAUGGUGUUGAGAAGCUCAGAGAAAGAUCUGCCUUGGGAGCAGAGGCCACGGAUGAGCGCACCAUUUCGAGCCUUUUGACCGAUCAAGUCGAGUGUGCCAAUCUCAUUGUGCUCAACAAGAUGGAUUUGGUCAAGGAGUCUGAUGCCUCCGUUCUGGAAGGUUUCUGCAAGAAGUUGAACCCCAAGGCCAAGAUCAUUCGCUCCAGAUUUGGCAAAGUGGAUCUCAAGCUUUUACUGGACACCAAGAGCUUUGAUAUGGCAGAAGCAGAAGAAAUGCCAGGUUGGUAUCAAGAGCUACAGGGAAACCAUGUCCCUGAGACCAUUGAGUACGGCAUUUCCAGCUUUGUUUUUCGGUCACAAAAGCCCUUCCACCCAACCAGGCUCAACAAACUCCUGAGGCGCGGUCUGGACCGAGUGCUUCGUUCCAAAGGAGUCCUAUGGGUUGCAGGUCUCAACGUCCAUUGCUUGGUAUGGCACCAGGCAGGUGAGACCUUGAGUAUUGAUGAUGGUGCCCAGUGGUUGGCUGCUACGGAUCUGGCUGAGUGGCCUCCGGAACUGGAGAGCUACAAGACCUCAACAUAUGGAGAUCGGCGGCAGGAACUGGUGGUCAUUGGUCAGCAGUUGGAUCAAACUGCCUUGCGAAAGCAGUUGGAACAAGCACUGGUUACUGAGGAGGAAUUUCAGAUGGGACCACAGGUUUGGGACAAGUGGCCCAAUGUCUUCAAACCACAGAAGGCUGCUGCAUUCAGUGCAAAGCAGUGUGGUGCUGAGGCAUACCUGAUCUUCGAGACGCGCUCAGGCAGGGACAAGGCCUUGUCGACCUUGUCCCGUGGCUUCUCCUUCCGAGGCAAUCACUUAAGCAUGGCAGUCGCCCGCCACGAGCCGCGGAGCAUCCAGUGGCAGAACUAUGACCGAUCUCCGCACUCGCUGAAGUGGUGGAAGAUCUCCAAAGGUAUUGGCUGCAUCAUCUUUGGACUGAUAGUUUGGGCCUGUAUUUUCUAUUUGCCUUACGCUUGGUCGAUUUUCACCUUUAACUACGAGGGUGGUCGGCAGCCAGGCAUCAUUUACAGCUUGAGUUUUUCCAUCAUCGUGGUCGUUGGCAAUGUCUCAAUGUACCAAAUCUGUGCUGCUGUCGCCGACCACGUUGGCUUCAAGUACAAGGAAACCAGGGAAGCUUGUUACAUGAUUUUGUAUUUCAUAUCAAUCACGUUGAACGUACUUUUGGACCUUGUGAUGACGUAUUUCAUGUCCUUUGCCAUUAUGGUGCACCUGGGCUUCCGGACUCAUGAUGGCAUCCCUUUGACGAAGCUCCCCUAUUUCGUGCAGCGAUUUGAGGCCUAUGCUAUACAGCGUGCCAUGGGCCAGAACCUGUAUGACUAUGCCUUUCCAUCAACUUUCCUGCUUCCAUUUCUGGGUGAACCAGUCAUGGCCGUUUGCGGCCUGCUUCGACUUGGCAUUUUGGUGGUGAGGUCACAUCCUGAAUUGAGCCAGCGAGCAGCAAUGGUGCUUCUCGCUGCACCGGACUUUGAAUUUGGUCGCUAUGCAGACACGCUCGUCAAUGUGGUUCUGGCCGUGACUAUGUUCUUCUUUCCAGGUGGCUACACCCAUUGGAUCUUCUUCAUGCUUGCUGUUUCACAGGCAUACAUCUAUCUUUUGGACCACUAUCGAGUUCUUCGUGUGGUGCCAGCCUCCACCUUUGCAUCGAUGCAGAUCGACUGGUGGUGCCAGGUGUUGCUAGCGCCUUGCUGUGGCCUACUGGCUGCGUGUUUGAUCUUCAAGGGAAACUGCCAAGGUCUGGGUUUUUGCCUUGAUCCUUCCCGGCUGGUCCUGGCUUGUAUGGCAGCAUGGCUGGUGCACUGCGUCAUUCAUCUCCUCCUGCUGAUCUUCGUGGUUCCCCUGGGUGACACAAGCUUACCCGUGAAGGGGCAAGACCCCAUUCGAUAUCAACAGGUUGCUGCUGCAGAACCCUGCAAUUGGUUCUCUGCCAAUGCUGUGCAUUGCCUUCGCUCCAAGUAUAUUCACUGCGAUGAUCCCUCCAGCAGCUUCUUCACGCCAGGGCAGGAAAGCACCAUGCAGAUCAACGAGGCGAUCGGUUGUUUCUUUUCCGCCAAAGCUGCGAAGGUAGAAAAUGCCUCAGACUUUGACAUUCGACUUCCUGCUGCGCUAAGCCGUUGGAACUGUGCUCUUCCUGCCGCGACCUUUUGGAAGAAGGCUGAAGAUGGCACAUCUGACCCUCCAAGUUGA